AUGCAAUUCAUGUGUCAUAUUAAUUUUGAUGGAGGUGCACAUCCAAAAUUUGCAAGUAGAUGGAAAAACACAAAGAAGGAUGCUGAACACUUGGCGAUUGAAUGUGGAAAGCUGCAGGAAGAUAUUGAGACGCUACAAGAUCAAGUGAUGGAUCUAGAGCUAGAUAUUGGAAUGCUAACACAAGAUGAAAAUCCAGAAGAUGGCAUUGGCCAGCCUCAAACUAUUGUGAACAUAAGCGACAUGGAAGAAGAGUAA